GGAGGUUUUCCUGUUGUUUCUCCUCUGCAGACUCGGAUUGUCUUUUCCUUGAUGUUAACUGUCUUAGGACUGGCUGGGUGUUGGGGGCCGUUUCCAGGCUUAUUAAACGGCCUUUUUAUUUUCCUCCGGCCUCAGACUGGGGUACAGCCCUUCAGAUGCCUGCUGCCCUGGAAGCACUUUUCAUUUUCCCCAGCUCCUCUUUGGUAGGGAUGCAAGGCUGGUUUCUAAUCUACCAGCAAGGGGAAAUGGGCUUCCUUCCCCCUCCCCAGCCUGUGCCCUUUUAAGAUUUUUGUUGUCUGCGCAGACACCUGUCUGUCUGCACUUUAUGCCACAGGGCUGCCUGAUUCCUAACCUUCCACCCACCUAAUUCGAGGGUAAGGGGGCCUCACUGUAGAGCCUCACGUUGAAGGCUCAGGAUCUGAAAGAGAAGGGUUUUCCUUAGGAACCUGUGACUUCACAAACUCCCCCUGUCACUGCAGAUUUUUUUUUAAGCCUCUAAACGUUGGGUUGUUGGUGUCCUUUGGUUGAGCUUUUUCCUAGUUCUGAUAUUUAGGAAGGUGGCUUUGAAACUAGCAGGGCUGCUUAAGCCAGAGCUACAGCUAUUGAACAAACUGCUACCAUUUUAGCUUCAAUACAGGAAUGAGGCAGUGUUGCCAGACGCCAUUUUAAGAAUCCUGCAUAAAUAGCUUAGCUCCCGAUGACUCUGCCUGUUUUAGCUUGGCUGAAGAGGAAAUAAAAACAGAACAGGAGGUGGUAGAGGGCAUGGAUAUUUCCACCCGCUCCAAAGAUCCUGGCUCCACAGAGAGAACAGCCCAGAAAAGAAAGUUCCCCAGCCCUCCUCAUUCCUCCAAUGGCCACUCGCCACAGGACACAUCCACGAGUCCCAUUAAAAAGAAAAAGAAACCCGGCUUACUGAACAGCAACAAUAAGGAGCAGUCAGAACUAAGACAUGGUCCGUUUUACUAUAUGAAGCAGCCACUCACCACAGACCCUGUUGAUGUUGUACCGCAGGACGGACGAAAUGAUUUCUACUGCUGGGUUUGUCACCGGGAAGGCCAAGUCCUUUGCUGUGAGCUCUGUCCCCGGGUUUAUCACGCUAAGUGUCUGAGACUGACAUCGGAACCAGAGGGGGACUGGUUUUGUCCUGAAUGUGAGAAGAUCACAGUAGCAGAAUGCAUCGAGACUCAGAGUAAAGCCAUGACGAUGCUCACUAUCGAACAGUUAUCAUACCUGCUCAAGUUCGCCAUCCAGAAAAUGAAACAGCCAGGGACAGAUGCAUUUCAGAAGCCUGUCCCCUUGGAGCAACAUCCUGACUAUGCAGAAUACAUCUUCCACCCCAUGGACCUUUGUACAUUGGAAAAGAAUGCUAAAAAGAAAAUGUAUGGCUGCACAGAAGCCUUCCUGGCUGAUGCAAAAUGGAUUUUGCACAACUGCAUCAUUUAUAAUGGGGGAAAUCACAAAUUGACACAAAUUGCAAAAGUAGUCAUCAAAAUCUGUGAGCAUGAGAUGAAUGAAAUUGAAGUUUGUCCAGAGUGUUAUCUAGCUGCCUGCCAAAAACGAGAUAACUGGUUUUGUGAGCCUUGUAGCAAUCCACAUCCUUUGGUUUGGGCAAAACUGAAGGGGUUUCCAUUCUGGCCUGCGAAAGCUCUGAGGGAUAAAGAUGGGCAGGUGGAUGCCCGUUUCUUUGGACAACACGACAGGGCCUGGGUUCCAAUAAAUAAUUGCUACCUCAUGUCUAAAGAAAUUCCUUUUUCUGUGAAAAAGACUAAAAGCAUCUUCAACAGUGCAAUGCAAGAGAUGGAGGUUUACGUGGAGAACAUCCGCCGGAAGUUUGGGGUUUUUAAUUACUCUCCAUUCAGGACACCCUACACGCCCAACAGCCAGUACCAAAUGCUGCUCGACCCCUCCAACCCCGGUGCUGGUGCCGCCAAGAUGGACAAGCAGGAGAAGGUCAAGCUCAGCUUUGACAUGACGGCGUCGCCCAAGAUCCUGAUGAGCAAGCCGAUGCUGAGUGGGGGCGCAGGCCGCAGGAUCUCCUUGUCCGACAUGCCGCGCUCCCCCAUGAGUACAAACUCCUCCGUGCACACGGGCUCCGACGUGGAGCAGGACACUGAGAAGAAGGCCACAUCCAGCCACUUCAGCGCCAGUGAAGAGUCCAUGGACUUCCUGGACAAGAGCACAGCUUCACCAGCCUCCACCAAGACAGGACAAGCGGGGAGUUUAUCCGGCAGCCCAAAACCUUUCUCUCCUCAAGUAUCAACGCCAGUCACCACGAAAACGGACAAGACAUCCACCACAGGAAGCAUCCUGAAUCUUAACCUGGAUCGAAGCAAGGCCGAGAUGGACCUGAAGGAGCUGAGUGAGUCUGUCCAGCAGCAGUCUGCUCCUGUUCCACUCAUCUCUCCCAAGCGACAGAUUCGCAGCAGAUUCCAGCUAAAUCUUGACAAGACGAUAGAGAGUUGCAAAGCACAAUUAGGCAUAAAUGAAAUCUCGGAAGAUGUUUAUACGGCUGUCGAGCACAGCGAUUCGGAGGAUUCUGAGAAGUCAGAUAGCAGCGGUAGUGACUCGAUCAGUGAUGAGGAGCAGAGGUCCCAGAACGAGCCAGAAGAUGCCGGAGACAAAGAGGGGGCGCGGAUGGACAAAGAGCCAUCUGCUGUCAAAAAAAAGCCCAAAUUGCCGAACCCAGUGGAGACGAAAGAGGAGCUGAAAGUCAGCACGUCACCAGCCAGCGAGAAAGCGGACCCAAGCUCGGUCAAGGAGAAGACGAGCCCCCAGCCUGAGAAGGACUUUUCAGACAAAGCAAAACCCUCGCCUCAUCCCACAAAGGAUAAGCUGAAGGGAAAAGAUGAGACAGAUUCCCCAACAGUGCAUUUGGGCCUGGACUCCGAUUCAGAGAGCGAACUUGUCAUAGAUUUAGGAGAAGACCACUCUGGGCGGGAGGGUCGAAAAAAUAAGAAGGAACCCAAAGAACCGUCUCCCAAGCAGGAGGUCGUAGGUAAAGCUCCACCAUCCACGACAGCAGGCAGCCAGUCUCCCCCCGAAACGCCGGUCCUCACCCGCUCAUCCUCCCAAACUCCCACGGCUGGGGUCACGGCCAGCACCACGUCCACGGUCACGGCCCCGGCCGCCACUGCCGCCGCCGCCGCCGCCACCACCACGGGAAGCCCGGUGAAAAAGCAGAGGCCGCUUUUACCGAAGGAGACUGCCCCGGCCGUGCAGCGGGUCGUGUGGAACUCCUCAAGUAAGUUUCAAACGUCCUCCCAAAAGUGGCACAUGCAGAAGAUGCAGCGCCAGCAGCAGCAGCAGCAGCAGCAAAGCCAGCAGCAGCAGCAGCCUCAGUCUUCCCAGGGGACGAGAUAUCAGACCAGACAGGCUGUGAAAGCUGUCCAGCAGAAAGAGAUCACACAGAGCCCAUCCACCUCCACCAUCACCCUGGUCACCAGCACCCAGUCGUCGCCCCUGGUCACCAGCUCAGGGACCACAAGCACCCUCGCAUCGUCGGUCAGCGCAGACCUGCCCAUCGCCACCGCUUCAGCUGAUGUCGCUGCAGAUAUCGCCAAGUACACUAGCAAGAUGAUGGAUGCAAUAAAAGGCACGAUGACGGAAAUAUAUAACGAUCUUUCUAAGAACACUACUGGAAGCACGAUAGCUGAGAUCCGCAGGCUGAGGAUUGAGAUAGAGAAACUCCAGUGGCUGCACCAGCAGGAGCUCUCGGAAAUGAAACACAACUUGGAGCUGACCAUGGCGGAGAUGCGGCAGAGCCUAGAGCAGGAGCGGGACCGGCUCAUUGCCGAGGUGAAGAAGCAACUGGAGCUGGAGAAGCAGCAGGCCGUGGACGAGACCAAGAAGAAGCAGUGGUGCGCCAACUGCAAGAAGGAGGCCAUCUUCUACUGCUGCUGGAACACCAGCUACUGUGACUACCCCUGCCAGCAGGCCCACUGGCCCGAGCACAUGAAGUCUUGCACCCAGUCAGCUACCGCCCCUCAGCAGGAAGCAGACCCUGAGGUGAACACAGAAACACUAACUAAGUCAUCCCAGGGCGCCUCCUCCAGUACUCAGGCAGCCCCCGCGGAAAGCAGCGCCUCGAAAGAGAAGGAGACGCCAGCUGAGAAAAGCAAGGACGGUGGCUCGACCCUCGACCUCUCUGGCUCCAGGGAGACGCCCUCCUCCAUUCUCUUAGGCUCCAACCAAGGCUCUGUUAGCAACAGGUGCGACAAGCAACCUGCCUCUGCCCCAACCUCCACAGACCACCAGCCGCACCCCAACUACCCAGCCCAGAAGUACCAUUCCCGGAGCAGUAAAUCCAGUUGCUGGAGCGGCAGCGAGGAGAAGCGAGGAUCGGCCCGCUCCGAGCACAACGCCGGUACCAGUUCAAAGAGCCUCAUCCCGAAAGAGUCCCGCCUGGACACCUUCUGGGACUAGGGACACGCUGGGACACAAGCCGCCCACCCCAUGGAGGGAAACAACCCAGACACCAGGGAAACCGGAAACCGCAAAGAAACGUGAGACCGGAAGACCGCCACCCUCAGCCUGGAGGAUGCCAGCCAUUCAGACUCGGCCUCUGCACCCGGCACGGAGGGCCGCCCACACUACGUCACGUCCGGCGAUAGCC